GUGACGUUGGAAGCCUGAAUCAUUAGAGUUAGAAUUACGUAUAUUAUCUUCAUUACCACAGCGCAUGGGAUGUAGGUAUUUCCCCGCUAGUACAUGCCAGGCUGCUUCAAAACACGUGUCUUUAGCUUUUCACGUGACCUUGUGACGUCACAAGCUCCUUGCGCCGCACGGAGUUAACAGCCAGCCGUGAGUCAGUGAAUGAGAUGCUGCAGUUUUCUGUCCUGUACGGCGGAGUGUUCAGGAAAGUGUGUUCAUUGCCACUUAGAAAAGGUACUUGCCAUCCUUUGUCAAAGAGAUUAACCGCUUCAUUAGCAAGAAUGGGAAACUUCUUCUCAAACUCCACAGAUUUGCCACAAUUGGAAGCUCUAAAAAUGGUAGAGGACACUGUCUCUCAAAAUUGUGUAGUAAUUUAUUCAAAGACCACAUGUCCAUAUUGCAAAAUGGCCAAAGAUGCGUUUAACAGCAUAAACGUGAGCUAUAAGAGCAUUGAGCUGGAUGAAAUAGAUGGACGGCAGCUUCAAGAAGCACUUCACCAACUGACCGGGGCUAGAACAGUGCCAAGAGUGUUCGUAAAUGGAGCUUGUAUUGGAGGUGGCACUGAAACCCAUAAAUUAAACCAAGAAGGAAAAUUACUUCAACUAGUUCAACAGUGUAACAUCACAGUCAAUGGGAGCUGACGUCAACCUUCCUGGACCUUGAAUCGUUGAACAGAAUUCUUUGGCACGCGUGUUUCAUUUAUUCUUUUGAUUUUAGUCCAGACCUAUUGGUCACUAGUAUAUAGAAUGUUCUUCAACCUAUGGAAUUGUAUAAUUGUCAUUCACAGAUAACGUUUGUUCCAGGAACCGUUUUGAGUUCUAUGGGCAGAAUUUUGCAAAUAAUGGCCAAUGCAUGUUCCAGAAAAUUAUCUAAUAUUUAACUACAUUAUUCAGCUACUUUUUGGGAGACUGUGUCAGAUCCAAGGACUUGUUCAGAUGAGUGAUGUCCGACGAGCAAUCCGUCUUUUGGUUGCUAAAAAUGAACAAUUUUAAAUGGACUGCUCACGGAUCCUUGUGCUGUCCUUUUUUUUUUGCAGAAUUAUUCACUUGAAUGGGCAAAUCUUGUUUAAAACAUUGAACAUUAAUUCUCUAAAUAAGCCCUUGAAGUUGUGCAUUUAUCUGCAGACCAACUAGGUUUAAUCUCUAGUUGUAAGAUCACACUAGCAUUGUGAGAUCCGGCAUUGCCGGAAACCACAGCGUCCCUGUCUGGCCCCAAUAAACUAUAAUGGGGAAUGGCGAAGCGGUUUCCGUCCGGCCGAUUCUCGGCAUAUGGUUUAGUGGGGCUGGAAGGGAAUGCUGUGGCUAGUGGCAAUGCUGGAUUCAGAGAACAGCCUGCUGGAUCUGACAACGCUAGUUUGAAACUAGCCUAAGCUGAAAUUAGUUUCUGCAAAGACAGUACAGUUUUUGUGCCAUAAACAUUAAUAUGCAGUUUACAGCCCCCUGAGAAAGGACACAUCUCCUGUGCUGCUAGUUGAAGAAAAUCUAGUAGAGAAAUGAAUGGGGGAGAUUUCGGUGUACAGGGCUGGUUCUAGCUUUGUUAGAAAGAGAUAGUUAUGUGCUUUAUGUCUGAUUCUCUUUUUUUACAUCAAUCAAGACAUAAGCCCUCUUAACAGGAACCUGUCACACUGAACAUAGUGUUUGAGCUGCAGGCAGUCUGUUAUAGAGCAGGAGGAGCUGAGCAGGUCGGGAGGAGUCAGCCUUCCAUCUAUGAUAGUACAUAUAGAGAUAGCUGUCACUGAUAGGACCGCCUCCUUGACUACUAAGCCCAG